AUGGUGCGCUGCCUUUGGCUUGGCAUUUUGCUCAGGGGAGCAGAUGCAUACACUGCGCGUAAGCCAAGCAUCGCAGGGAAGAGCGUUUAUUUCCUGGUCACCGACCGCUUUGCCCGUAGUGGAGCCAACAAGGAGAAUUACACGUAUUGCGAUUUGGCGACCAGUGCCGACCCGCUUCAGCCGGGUGGAGGAGCUUGGUGCAAUGGCACCUUGCAAGGAGUCAUUGAUCAGCUGGACUAUAUCCAGGGCAUGGCCUUCGAUUGUGUUUGGAUCACGCCCGUGGUGAAGGCCUUAGAUUACACAGGCGCCUUGGCUGAUGUGGAUCCUCACAUUGGGAGCAAGGAGACCUUGAAGGAACUCUCCAGGCAGCUCCACGCGCGAGACAUGUGCUUGAUCAUUGACAUUGUGGCGAACCAUGUGCGGCAGAUGACCGUCCAGCAGCAACACCCCACCAAUCAAGACACGCCGAGUUACUCGGAUCCUGGACACUCCGUGGACGGAAUCAUGAAGGUGAAACCGGGUCUCACCGCACCCGUUCCGCCGGACCUGGUGCUUUCGGUGAUGGAGUACUUCCACACCUAUGGCAAGGCCGCGGGCACGUCCUUCGAAGCAUAUGUCAUGGCGGGUGGACGCCGUGAGCCGGUGCCGGUGCCGAGAAGACGUUUGGAGCAUGAGGAUUGUGGACCUGAAAACAUGAACCUCACCGAGUGCAACUGCUUUCCGGGCAACUUCGCCCCCGACUGUUGGUUUGGGCAACUGGCGGAUUUGAAUCAGGAUCACCCUUUCGUUCGCCAGAAGCUCUUGGACUAUGUGAAGUACCUGGUAGAGGAAUAUGACGCAGAUGCUUUUCGCCUGGACACCGCCAUCUACAUGAAGAAGGACUUCCUGAAGGAUUUACAGGAGGCGGCAGGCGUGGAUAUUCUAGGAGAGACCACCGUGAAUAACAUCAGUUACCACGCGAGUUUCCAGAAAGCUGGAUUGUCGGGGCUCUUGAACUUUCCAGCCUUCUACCAGGUGCACGGAAGCUUUUGCCAAUACCAUUUGGGAGGUGACCUGGGCAACUAUCACUUGCAGGGAGCCUUCACACCGGCGCUGCCGGACUUGCGGAAGUUGGCCUCCGUGAUGCAAUUUCAAAACCCCGAGGUCUACCCGAACUUAGACUUGUUGGGGAACUUUGCAGACAAUCACGAUGAGUUCGCUCGGAUUGGCUACUACUGUGAUGCCGACUCCUAUCGCAUCAAGAACGCCCUAGCGCUCAUGAUGUUUGCCCGGGGCAUUCCUAUUGUCUACUAUGGCACCGAGCAGGGCUUGGACGGGCAUCAGGCCAAUGUGCUGGAGAAGGACGCCAUGCGAAAGCAAGGAGUGGAAGACAAGGGUCAAGCCUUUGUGAGGGAAUCUCUGUGGCAGACCCGGUACAACACCUCCACCUGGCAAUAUCAGUACAUCAAGAUGCUCAAUGAGAAGCGAAAGGAGUUGGGUUUGGCCAAGGGCGACAUCGAUGCCGAACUUGUGUCCGCUUCGAACAAUCACCUCAUUUUCAUUCGCAAUCACCCACAAGGUGAAAUUUGGGUGUUCAUCAACAACAACCAGAACUGGACUGGCCAAUCUCCAUUCCUCUAUUGCCCAGCGCCCAGCGAACACGAGGCCUGGUAUGAUGUCUUUUCCGAAGAGCGUGCCUACUUGCGCAAAGGCUGCUUCAUGGCCGACAACGCCGAGCCCAAAGUGCUGGUCCGCCGCGUGCGGAUGCCGGCGGUCUAUGCCGUGGAGCGCAUCAGCGAGCAGGUUUGGAUCCUGUCCUGGCCUAAGGAGUCUGGACCUUCUUAACCUCCGUCCUCCGUGGGUCUUCAUUUUUCUACUCGUUGCGUCCAACGUCCUCCUCUUGGCCUACGCGUGUCGACAUCGUCUCAACUUCAGCCGCUUCAAAGUCCUAGCGGAGGAUGACGACACAUCAGACAGUGACAAGUGCUAGCAGGACACGGAGCGGUCAACUCAACCAAAAUGCCUGGGUCCGCCAGAGGCAUGGUAUACUAUGACGCAGGUCAGUGUCGGAGAUUUCCGUACUGGAAAGCUCGACUUACAUGAUUCGAGAACGGAACAUGGGAAGCACAUGGAAG